GACACUGGGUUUGAUCUGGCUAUGGCUUCUCUUGAACCCUUUGCACUACUUCCAAGCGAGGAAGCUCAAGAAAGAUUGCCGAGGAAGCUGAAGCUCUCAUCUUCUCAAGUCAAGGACGUGUACCCAUGCACUUCGCUUCAAGCUGGAUUGAAGGCGAUUUCGAAAAGCAUGAGAAAUGGAUUCAAGCUCAAAGCUAGAAAAACCACACCUGAUGUUGCUUCUUUCGCGAAAACAUUUUCUCACUAA